GUACACUAAAUUCUCCGUUUGUGGAUGGCUUCUCUGGGUUGCAGGCAGGCACCAAAGGUGGCUUUGGCGGAGUUGACAAGGUCAGGCGCAGCACCGCGUGGGACUGGCUACGCUGCUUCCAAGAUGGGCUCAUGCUGGGAGCUGUUCAGCCACUUUCUCAUCGUGUUUCUCACCGAAUCAUAGCAUCUUGUGUUACCGCGCAGCUAAAUGAAUUUCAUGCAGGAAGGCAUCGCUGUGAUUUAGGAGAUUGCUGUGUGGAAGUAUUCUCUCCUGUUCCUGACUGCGUGGCUGCAAGAACAGUUAUUCAACUUCUGAAAGCUGGGAAAGCAAAGGAAGUUUCUUACAAUGCACUGGCUUCACAUAUUAUUUCAGAAGAUGGAGACAAUCCAGAAGUCGGAGAAUCUCGUGAAGUUUUUGAUCUCCCUGUGGUAAAGCCUUCCUGGGUGAUCUUGUCUGUUCGCUGUGGAGCUCUUCUGCCUGUAAAUGGCUUUUCUCCAGAAUCGUGUCAGAUCUUUUUUGGAGUCACUGCCUGUCUCUCUCAGGUUUCCUCUGAAGACCGAAGUACUCUGUGGGCUUUGAUUACUUUUUAUGGAGGGAAUUGCCAGCUGAGCCUCAAUAAUAAGUGUACUCAUUUGAUUGUGCCUGAGCCAAAGGGGGAAAAAUAUGAAUGUGCUCGUAAACGGGACAGAAUUAAAAUUGUCACGCCAGACUGGGUACUGGAUUCUAUAGCGGAUAAGAGUAAGAAAGAAGAGACUCCUUACCAUCCUCGUUUAAUUAUAUACGAGGAGGAAGAAGAGGAGGAAGAGGAAGAGGAGGAAGAAGCAGAAAAUGAAGAACAAGAUUCUCAAAAUGAAGCUAGUACUGAUGAAAAAUUAUCAAGCCCAGCAUCUUCUCGAGAAGGAUCACCUUUGGGUGAUCAGGUUUUUUCACCAAAAUCAACUACUGCUGAUAAAGCCAAAGGGGAACUGAUGUUUGAUGAUUCUUCAGAUUCCUCUCCAGAAAAGCAAGAAAGGAAUUUGAAUUGGACACCAGCUGAAAUCCCACAGGCAUCUGCAGCAAAGCGUAGGUUGCCUCAAGGGAAAGACUCUGGGUUAAUUAAUUUAUGUGCCAAUGUCCCGCCAGUGCCAGGUAAUAUUUUGCCUCCGGAGAUGAGAGGCAAUCUCAUGGCUUCGGUACAAGGUGCCCAAAGUUCUGAUCGCCAGGAAAUGAUGGCUACAUGGAGUCCUGCCGUGCGGACGUUAAGGAAUAUUACUAAUAGUGCUGAUAUUCAGCAGAUUAAUAGACCGUCAAAUGUAGCACAUAUAUUACAAUCACUUUCAGCACCUACAAAAAGUUUAGAACAACAAGUAAAUCAUAGCCAACAGGGACAUCCAAAUGCGGUGCUGUUUAGUCAAGUGAAACUAACACCAGAGACACAUUUGUUACAGCAGUCACAUCAAGCCCAGCAGCAACAGCACCACCCGCUUUUGCACCUUCAACCUCAGCAACUUAUGCAGCUACAGCAGCAGCAGCAGCAGCAACCCCAGAUCUCCCAGCAGGCUUUCCAGCAGCAGCAGCCUCACCAGUUUCCCCAACAGCAGCAGCAACUACAGCAGCAGCAGUUGCAGCAGCUGCAGCAGCAGAACCUGCAACAACAACAGCUGCAGCAGCAGCAGAUGCAGCAGCAGCAACUGCAGCAGCAGCACUUACAGAGAUUACACCAACAGCAUCAGCAGCAGCAAAUGCAGAACCAGGCAGCACAGCACUUAACUCAGACAUCUCAAGCACUACAGCACCAAGUUGCCGCCCAGCAGCCCCAGCACCACCAGCAGCAGCAGCAACAACUGCAGCAGCAGCCGCUUUAUGGACACGAUCCUGCAGUGGAGAUUCCAGAAGAGUAUUUCCUGUUGGGCUGUGUCUUUGCAAUUGCUGAUUACCCAGAACAGAUGUCUGACAAACAGCUGUUGGCGACCUGGAAGCGGAUCAUUCAAGCACAUGGUGGGACCGUGGACCCUACCCUUACAAGCAGAUGUACACAUCUACUUUGUGAAAGCCAAGUCAGUAACAUGUACGCUCAGGCUCUGAGAGAAAGGAAGAGAUGUAUUACAGCACACUGGCUGAACUCAAUCUUGAAGAAGAAGAAGAUGGUACCACCUCAUCGAGCCCUUCAUUUUCCGGUGGCAUUCCCACCAGGAGGAAAGCCAUGCUCUCAACAUAUAAUCUCUGUGACAGGAUUUGUUGACAGUGACAGAGAUGACCUCAAACUAAUGGCCUACCUAGCAGGUGCCAAAUACACGGGCUAUCUGUGUCGCAGCAAUACAGUUCUCAUCUGUAAAGA